AGUGUUGGUCAGUAGGUAGUGAGAUAGUGAUGAACGCGUCUCAGCACUUUCCGGUCUCCUCUAACGGGACGGUGGAGUCCGUGCUCAUCUCCGCGGUCUUCUCUUUCAUCUUCGUGGCGGGAACGGUGGGGAACAGUCUCGUGCUGGCCGUGGUGCUGCGCGGGGGGCGCGCGAGCGCGAAGAUCACCAGCGUGUUCAUAGUGAACCUGUGCGCGGCGGACCUGGGCUUCAUCGUGCUGUGUGUUCCGGUGCAGGCGGCGGUCUACACGCUGCCCGAGUGGCGGUUCGGUUCGCUCGCCUGCAGAACCGCGCACUUCGCCGUCUACCUCACCAUGCACGCGAGCGCGCUCACACUCACCGCCGUGUCCCUGGACAGGUACCUGGCGAUUCGUUAUCCGCUGCGGGCGAGAGAAAUGCGGACCCCUCGUAACGCUCUGAUCUGUAUCGGCGUGGUUUGGGCCGUGUCUCUGGUUCUGUCCAGUCCGUAUCUCAGCUACUACCAGCAGAUGGACCUGGAUGGCACCACCGUCUGCAUCCCGGCCUGGGACUUCCAGCAGCGCCGGGCGAUGGACGUCUGCACCUUCGUGUUCGGCUACCUGAUCCCAGUGCUGGUGCUCAGCCUGACCUACGCCCGCACCAUCCGCUACCUGUGGACCAGCGUGGACCCGGUGCAGGACGCGUCCGAGUGCCGCCGGGCCAAACGCCGGGUCACCAAGAUGAUCAUCAUCGUGGCGGUGCUGUUCUGCCUGUGCUGGCUGCCCCAUCACCUGGUCAUCCUGUGCAUGUGGUUCGGCCACUUCCCGCUCAACCACACCACCUACGUCCUGCGGAUCCUGUCGCACCUGGUGGCGUACACCAACUCCUGCCUGAACCCCAUCGUCUACGCGCUGGUGUCCAAACACUUUCGCAAGGGCUUCCGGAAGGUGUUCGGCUGCGUCGGGAAGAAGCGGCCGGUCCAGCGGGUCCACGCCGCCCCGCCGGCGCAGACAGUCAGUCUGGUGGAGGUGGGGUCCAGCGAGGGGUCCAAUCAGAGCGAAGGACUGGGCAGGGCUCGUCUGUGGAGCAGGAGCAGCAGGAAGAUGAUGAGCAGCACCUUUAUGACUUUCAACGUUACUUAAGCGACUUUUUAGCAUUUAGAGUAAAUACUAUAAACCGUGGGUUCACUGUGGAAUUAAUGCGUAUCACGUUUAGUUAUGAGAAAAAGAAUCUGAAACCUGGACCUGCUGAACCGUCCCAAGAGUUACAGGAUUGUGGUUCGAACUUGGGGCUUAAAACAGCUUCAUGUACACAAUCCUGUAAAACAGAGUCAAUGGGUAGAAAACAAGCAGCUGUGAAGCUGAUAGAAGAUAAAAAAUCAUAUUGGCCUUAGCCAGUACAACCCGUUCGGAAUGUCCUGAAGAAGAAAGUCGUCACUGGUGUACUAAGUGUACUAAGUAACAGAUGAUGAACAGGUAGAUCAAGGAAAACCACAGCAGUUGAUGAAUAGAAAUAUUGUGAGUUUUGUAAAGAAAAACUCAAGAGUUUAAAGGAUUCUAAGUUUUCUAAUGAAAAAGCCAAGAGUUACAGGAGAGUGGAAACCUUCAGGGUUCGAACUUGGGGCUUAUAGAAGCUUUCUGUACACAGUCCUGUAAAACAGAGUCAAUGGGUGAAAAAAAUAUGUAGCUGUAAAGCUGAUAGAAGAUGAGGAAUCAAUCAGAACCAUUAGAGCUCAAAUAUUGGCCUUUGCCAGAACAACCGUUUGGAAUGUUCUGAAGAAGAAAGUCGUCACUGGUGUACUAAGUGUAGUAAGCAACAGAUGAUGAACAGGUAGAUCAAGGAAAAUCCAAGAGUUUACAGGAUUGUGGAAACUCCACAAACUUGGGCCUUUAAAACAGCUUCUCUUUUUGUAGGUGGGAGUGGAAGUACUGGUGUUGGCACUGGUUUGGGGAUAGACAGUGGAGGAACUGGUCUAGACCCUGUUUACUGCAGGUUGUUGAAUACAGAGCCAGUUCAGACUUUUCUGCAACCCUAAGCAAAAUUCUGAUACAUGAAUUCUGUAAAACAAAAUCUGACCAUUUUUACAAACUUAAGCAUCUUAGCACAAUAUUUUUAAUUGAAUCAGCUCCUUUAUACCCAUUCAAACUGCCUCGUAUUACCUGAAUACUUUAUGGUAAUUUUAGUAAGAUACUACAGAAGUACUGGAACAGUAAGCCCAAUCCCUGAUGCUCACAAUUCAGAAAAAAAACUCCUGAAAUCUGAAACGAACGAGCCACAAACACGAGUGUGAAAGAGAGGGAGAGAAAAACACUCCCCUCUUCUGCAUAUUCAUGAAACACAUGCAAAACAGAAAGGGUUCUGAUUGGCCUGUUCUCUGCAAAGAGCCUGUGAGUCAGCCAAUCAGGUUUUAGUGUGGGCAGGCAGUGUUAUUUCCCCCCCACUUAGACAGGAUGCAUUCAGGAGCAUCAUGGAUCCCAUCAAAACUCAUUUUGUAUCACACUACUCUAAAGUAUAUCCCUGUCUGGUAAAGGAAAAACAGUGAACGUUUUGCCCGCUGUACUGUAGUUUAUAAUAGUGAUUUUAGCAUUGCUCACAGUGGACUAAAUGAUUGCAAAGGUUUAGGUGAGUUCAUAUUAGUCCAGGUCUGGAGGUAACUCCCUAAAAUUAUUUUUUGUAACUUAGGAUGUCUGGGUUAAAAUUUAAUUUGUCUGCCAGGUAAAAACAGUGAUUUUAACCUGAGUCUUUUAUAGGCAAGGCCAGUUUAUUUAUAUA